AUUCGGCUGAUGACCGCUGAGCUUAGACAACGUCACUACACUAAACAAAAUACAAAUUCAAAAUUAAUUUAAGAAGUGUCCAAUGCUUCCGAAGCUCAAAAUGGGAACAAUAUUGAGAUGUGCGAUUAUUUUGUUAAUAGCAGACAGCUCUAUGGUCAGUUUUAGUGCUUGUACGGAAGUAACAAACACUGUGGAGAAAUCUUUUGAGGCGAACCAGGUGGUGCCCGAUGUGGUAUCUAAAGCGCCUACUGCUCUAGUCAAGGUGGUGUACCCCAACGACGUGGAGGUGAAGGAAGGUAACGAGCUGACCCCCACCCAAGUUAAAGAUGUCCCCACAGUUACGUGGGAAGCUAGCCCUGCCAAUUUAUAUACUUUGGUUAUGACAGACCCUGACGCGCCGUCUCGUCAAGAGCCAAAGUUCCGUGAAUUUUGUCACUGGCUGGUGGGUAAUAUUCCCGGUGACAACGUGGCCUUCGGCGAGACCCUCUCUGCCUAUGUCGGUUCUGGUCCACCUGAGAAAACUGGUCUCCACCGAUAUGUGUUCCUAGUAUACAAGCAAGCAGGUCCAAUCACCUUCGAUGAACCUCGUAUCCUUAACACGUCUCGCGCUAACCGACCGAAGUUUUCCAUAGCCAAAUUUGCGAAGAAAUACAAUCUCGGUGAACCGGUAGCUGGCAACUUCUUUCAAGCUCAAUACGACGACUACGUACCCAUACUCCAUAAGCAGCUUGGAGGAUAAAGUUUUUGCAAUUGGCGACAACAAACUUUCUUGUAAGGCCACAAACAGGCUUUAAAUUACUCGAAUUCUAUAUAAUCUAACAUCUAAUAAGGUAACAAAUAAACGUGGUAUUCUAAGAAAUCAAAAAGCAUUUUUUUUUUUCAUAUAACUUUAUGUAGUUUAUA